AUGUCCGGCCACUUGGGUGUUCAGAACCUGCAGCCGAAGCAGCGUCAGCUUCCCAUCGUUCCUAACUACUUCCUGCAUCCUGCAACCAACGAGAAAGUUACGAAAAACAAACUGAAAGUUAAGCUUGUUGCCAACCUGUUAAGCAGCUCGGUGGGCAAAGCUCUACUGUACCUAGAAGAGUCGGAGCACUAUGAGUUCAUCGGAACGGGGGCAACGGCGCGCUUCAUCCUGCUUGUUGAUCAGACAUUCGACUGCCUCAGCAGCAGCAACCCCUACGGAAAGGGCUUCAAGACUCCUGUAACUGCCGACAACUUGACGCUCCGGCGUGAGUUUCUGGCCGACUUCAGUUCCGUGCUGUUCCGGCUACAGACAGCAUCAGGCGAACCGGUACUGCAGACGCGACGCUUCACCUCGGUCCUGGGUCUCUGUCUCGCGACGCAGACCGUCAUGGACGUCAGUGAGGCCCUGCUGGAGGAGGGGUUCCUGUAUGUACUGUCAUACAAAUGUCCCAAGACCAUCUAG